AUGAGUCUUUUAGUAUGGAACUGUCGUGGGCUUGGGAACCUACGUACAGAAGAUCAGCUUGCAGAUUGGGUGUGGGCAAAAGAUCCCUCUGUCGUGUUUUUAGCCGAGACAUGGACAGACAAAGCUAGGCUAAAACAAGUUCAACGUAGGAUUCAAUUCAAAAAUUUAUUUGAAGUUCCCCGGUUUAAUAAAGGAGGCGGGUUAGCAAUUUUUUGGAAAGAAGGUUUUCCCUUGGAAAUUGAAACUUUCUCCAAGAACCACAUUGACACUACUAUUAACAAAAAUUCUGAAAAAGAGUGGAGAUUUACUGGAUUCUAUGGGGAACCUGAUACACAUAAGAGACAUGAGGCUUGGGCAAAAUUGAGGACUCUGAAAACUAGGGGAUCAGCCCCUUGGUUGUGCGCCAGAGACUUUAAUGAGAUUACAAGUCUAGCUGAAAAACAGGGAGGUCGACCAAGACCCCAUCACCAAAUGCAAUUGUUUCGUGACGCUCUUGAUGAAUGUAGCUUUAUGGAUUUAAAAUUUGUUGGCUUUCCUUUUACAUGGCACAAACACUAUGCAGAGUUUACAGUUUGGGAGAGACUUGACCGUGCCUUGGCCACAAACGAAUGGUUCUCAAUGUUCCCGGGUACAAAAGUGUUGCAUUUAGAUGGAACGGCUUCUGAUCAUAAGGCACUGUGUAUUUCACCUGAAGGUAUGGAUUGUAGCUUCCAAAAACCUUUCAGGUUCGAGCAUAUGUGGAUGACUGAUAAGGGGUGUAGUGAGACCAUUGAGGCUGUUUGGAGUGACAAUUCUCCUGAGCCAUGGGACACAAAAGUGUUAACAAAGAUAGAUAGAUGUGGGCAGGAGUUGACCCGUUGGAGUAGGAAGAGUUUUGGCUGUGUUCGAAAAGAAUUGGAGAAAAAAAAGAAGUAA